AUAUAAAAAAUAAAAGAAGAAAAUUAAAUUACUCAAAACGAAAAAAAUAUGGGGAUCGAUUGUAUAAAUUAACUUAAAUUUUGUGUUUGAAAUGAUGGUUUAAUCACCGUUAACAAUAAUUAAUGAUUUAGUGUUUAAAAUGUUACAACGCGAUAACAUAAGUGAUUAAGACGUAACAUUUCAAACAUAAAUAACUAAAAUAUGAUAUGAAUAAACAAAAGAUUAUUUUAAUAGUUUACCCUAAUAAAUAAUAGUAGCGUAAAAUAAUAAAAUGAAAGAGCUUAAAAUCAGAUACGAUUCUACAAAGUUUUGUAUGGGAGAUGUUUUCAUCAAUUUGGAAUUAGUGUGCAUCAUGCGGGGUUACAAUCAUGAUAAUAUAUAGGUAAAUUAUACAAAUGAUGGCCUGAUUAUUAGUAUAUUUCAAUUUUAACCAUUUAAUUAUAAAAAUUUUUAUUAAAUUCUUAACGAAAGAGAUGACGUGGCUUUUAUCCAUAUGAUUACGUAAAUAUUUACACUAGAAUAACAGAAAAAGCCUAUUCUACUCAAGGCGGUCAAAACUAACAACCCAGAUCUAACGGCGAACAUCCAAGACUGCAGAGUCUCAAAAUCCAACGGUCCAGAUCCAAUCCACCUCAUUAAUAUUGUUAUUUGCUCUUCCGGUUUCCUUCCCGCGCUUACCUGCCACAUAAACUAUUGCAGUAAGAGAAAGAAACUCCCUUCGCUGAGACAUUCUCGCAUUUCUUUUGUUUUCUACACAGAUCUUCAAUCUCUUUUUUUCAUUUUUUUUAAAAUUUUCAGUUGUUAACAAUCUAAAAUCUAAAAUGCCUUCAUUAGCUUUAUCCGAUCAUAAACACAAGAAAGAAGAUAAAAAGAUGAAGAAUAAACUCGCUUUAAAAAAUCCAGAAACCGAUAAGAAAGUGAAGAAACUGAAGGAUCCGAAGGUUAAAGAAGAUGAAAACGAUUUGGAGGUAAAGAAGAGUAAGAAGAAACGGAAGGCAUCGGAGCUUCAGUUAGAAGAGGACGAAAGGAGCGAGACGAGCUCGGAGAUCGUCGAGCCGGUAGAUGUGAAGGUGAAGGUAAAAGUGAAAGUGACAGAGAAGAAGAAAAAGAAAAACAAAGAGAAAUUGGAGAAGGAUGACGAGGAUAAAGGUAAAAGUGAGGAUCCGAAUUUGGUAUCGAGGUUUCGGAUCUCGGAAGCAGUUAGGAAGAAACUUAAAUCGAAGGGGAUUGAAUCUUUGUUUCCUAUUCAGGCCUUGACUUUUGAUGUUAUUCUUGAUGGCACUGAUUUGGUUGGCCGUGCUCGUACCGGUCAGGGUAAGACACUGGCCUUUGUGUUGCCAAUACUGGAGUCUUUAACCAACGGGACUGUAAAAGCAUCAAGGAAGAAUGGAUAUGGCAGGGCACCAAGUGUUCUGGUACUUUUACCAACUAGGGAACUGGCUAAACAGGUUUUCGAGGACUUUGAAGUUUAUGGCGAGGUGGUGGGGUUGACAUCAUGUUGUUUAUAUGGAGGAGCUCCGUACCACACGCAAGAGAUGAAAAUGAAGAAAGGAGUUGAUAUAGUUAUCGGGACACCCGGCCGCAUAAAGGAUCACAUAGAGAGGGGGAAUAUUCACUUAGGUUCAUUGAAAUUUCGAGUUCUUGAUGAGGCGGAUGAAAUGCUGAGAAUGGGAUUUGUUGAUGACGUUGAACUUAUAUUAGGCAAGGUAAAGGAUGCAAGUAAGGUUCAGACACUUCUUUUUAGUGCCACCUUGCCAGACUGGGUGAAGGGUAUUGCAGCAAGAUUUCUUAAAACAAGUAAGAAGACUGUUGAUCUUGUUGGUAAAGAGAAGAUGAAGGCUAGUACCAGUGUUAAGCAUAUUGUUUUACCCUGUUCUAAGUCUGCAAGAUCACAGUUGAUCCCAGAUAUUAUUCGUUGUUAUAGCAGUGGACGUACUAUUAUAUUCACUGAGACAAAAGAUUCUGCUUCGGAGCUGGCUGGCUUAUUGCCUGGAUCCCGAGCUUUGCAUGGGGACAUACAGCAAGCGCAACGUGAGGUCACCCUAAAUGGGUUUCGGUCAGGCAAGUUCAUGACAUUAGUGGCUACAAAUGUGGCGGCAAGGGGAUUAGAUAUCAAUGACGUGCAGUUAAUUAUCCAGUGUGAGCCACCGCGUGAUGUAGAAGCAUAUAUUCAUCGGUCUGGACGAACAGGGAGAGCAGGCAAUACUGGAGUUGCUGUCAUGCUUUAUGAUCCUAAAAGGUCGAGCAUAUCUAAGAUAGAAAGAGAAUCUGGAGUGAAAUUUGAGCACAUAUCUGCUCCUCAGCCAGUUGAUGUAGCUAAAUCUGCUGGUGUAGAAGCGGCCAAAAUAAUAGCCGAAGUCUCUGACAGUGUAAUUCCUGCCUUCAAGUCCAUUGCUCAGGAGCUAUUAGAGACUUCUGGUUUAUCAGCAGAAGAUCUACUUGCCAAAGCACUAGCCAAGGCUGCAGGUUAUUCUGAAAUAAAGAGUAGAUCCCUUCUAACAUCUAUGGAGAACCAUGUUACAUUACUUCUUGAAGCUGGAAAACCUAUUUACACACUUUCAUUUGUUUUUGGUGUGUUGAAAAGAUUCUUGCCUGAGGAAAAGGUUCACUCAGUGCAGGGACUGACCCUUACUGCUGAUGGAAUGGGUGCAGUAUUUGAUGUUGCAGAAGAUGAUGUCGGAACAUUUCUGGCUGGUGCUGAAAAUGCAAAUAAUGUUAGAUUAGAGACGUUGAAGAAAAAAUUGCCACGUUUACAAGAAAGAGACCAGUCAAGAGGGAGAUUCGGUGGUGGAAGAGGUGAUAGAAGCGGCGGCGGUGGAAGUUGUGGUGGUGGUAAGUUCUCUGGCCGCAGAGGUGGCCGAGGUGGAUUUUCUGAUAGAGUAAACGAUCGGUUUUCGGGUGGUGGGCGAGGCCGCUACAGUAGCAAGAAAUGGUGAGAGCUCACUAAAUAUAUAUAUAUAUAUAUAUAUAUCUGUGGUUUGAUUUCAGUCAUCAAAUUAAAGGGAAAUAGCUUACUUACGCUUUUUGUAAGCAAAAUUAUUUCUGAAGAUAAAGAAAAUGUUCUUAAUGAGCCUACGUAUUUUUAUUUAUUUAUCUGAUUAUUCAGUGUUCCUCAAAGGGGUUUUGUUUUUCAUAGUCACCAUGUUGGUGAAGAUGUAAAAAUUUGCAUCUAAAUAUGUAUAUUCUUUGCCUACAGAGUACAGACCAUAAGG